AUGAGCUCCCCUCGCCCUGCUAAGCGCGCACGACGCUCUUCUCUACAAGCCGCUUCUACUAGAUCUGAUCCUGGAUCAAACCACUCCGGAUCCCCCGCUGCCUCCCAAUCUCCUACUCGCUCCCACUCCCCCACCUCUUCCCACCCCUCAUCCGCCUCAGACCCACCUCCUGUCGUCCUUCCCGAGCGAUACGCUCUCUACAAGCCAGAGGACAAGCAAUUCUACCAUGAGCUAAAAACCAUCACGGACAACUUUCACUCCGACAUCGACGAGGCCUAUGACGAGCGCAAGCGCCCGCAAGACUUUGGGGAGGAGGUCAGCUCGGAACUGUACGGCGCAAUCAAUGCCAUCACUAGGCGCUGCACUCGAUUCGGCUCGGCGUAUAAUCUGGAGAUAGGCUUUGAAGCCCUGGUGCGGGUCGCAGAGGUGGCGAUGUUGCAAGAGGGAGGGGCUAUACCUCAGAUGUGGGAUGCGCUGGAGGCGUUGGUGCAGGGGAUCAAGGAGGUGGCGGAGAUGAUGAGGAUGGACGGGCAGGAUCGGACAAAUCUCAGAGCUGGACUGAAGGAGCUGAAUAAGGACUGGGUGGCGUAUAAGGAUCUGAACCUGUUUCAGGAUCUGAGCGAGGAGCUGGAGGCGGAAGAUGCCAGUUGCGAUGAGGAGUCUGAUGAGGAGGACGAGGAUGAAAAUGAGGAUGAGGAUGAGGAUGAGGAUGAGGACGAGGAGGACGACGAAGACGAAACAUAA